GGCGUUCAUUGUCGGCACUAAGGGCACCAUAAAGGUUCACUGCCCAAUGAAGUGCCCCGAAGUCAUGGAGGGUCCGUGGGGUAAAUCAAUACACCCGCUGCCGAAGAAUUCCUUGACAUUCAACUCAAACAACAGCGAGGGAAUGAUGUACGAGGCGGCGGAGGUGCGCAGGUGCCUCAACGAAGGUCUGCUGGAGAGUCCCGGGAUGCCCCACGCAGAGUCCAUCACGGUGGCGGAGGUCAUGGAGCAAAUUCGGACCCAGAUGGGGACUGUGUAUCCUCAGGACGCCAUGUAAACACUGCACGCCAACGCCACUGAGGGCAGACGGGGCUCCAGGCUGAGAGCUACGGAAUCUAUCUUUCUAUAAUGCGCUGCCAAUGACAAUAAAGAGAAUAUUCCGCA